AUGCCCGCGGACUUUGACCAGCAAACAUACUGGCACCAGCGCUUCUCUGCCGAAACCUCCUUUGAAUGGCUCCUCAGCUCCACCGACUUCGUCGCCAUCCUCAAGCCUCUUCUCAGCAACCUCGACCGCACAUCUACCCGGAUCCUCAACGUCGGCUGCGGAACAAGUGACUUGCACAACCACUUCCGCCGUCUCGGCUUCCUGGACGUCACAAACGUAGAUUACGAGCCUCUGGCCAUUGAACGAGGACAACAGCUCGAGCGGCAAGCCUUUGGCGACGUGAAGACCAAGUACGCAGUCGCAGAUGCCACAAACCCCGCCAUCAUGAACGAGAAGAAGAAGAAGAAGCAGAAGUUCAAUCUCGUGGUUGACAAGAGCACCGUAGACGCGAUCUCGUGCGGCGGGGAAGAACAGGUCCGGCGGAUGGCCCGCUGCGUGAGGGAGUGUCUUGCGGAUGAUGAUGAUGAUGGCGGCGGCGCGGUUUGGGUGUCGUUGAGCUAUUCUGCGGCGAGGUUUGACUUGGAGGGGUUGCCGUUUGCUGUUGAGGUGUUGGACAAGGUCCUGACGGCGAAGAAGGAGGUGACGGAUCCGGAUAUAUAUCACUGGUGUUAUUUGUUGAGACCAAAGUAG